CUCAAUGUUACGGACGAUGGUCAACUUGCGUCUAGACCGUUCGAGCAUAAGGUCGACCGCUGCAGUAGCACGUCAACUGCGUGAGCAAACUGUGCGUGUUCAAUACCUCGAGAGUCUUUUAGCCGAGAUCGACAUAACAAUUCGAGAGAGAGACACGAAAAGAGACAAAAGCCAAAAAUAAAAAAGAGGAGGACGACAUCAGAUAUGAGAAUCAGGACAUUCCUGAUCACCGCGGUUGUGCUCUUGUUCAUCUUCGCGGACACAGAUGGUCGUAGGAGCCUCAGUGGACGACGAAGCGGCAGCGGAGGAUGGACUUCUCGCAGCCGAACAGGAUCCAAAACAACGCCGCGAACAACGUCAGGCUCGAAUCAGAGUAAAAUAGGAUGGAACGUGCCGUCGAACACCAACACCAAAACAACCGGCACCAAUAAUGCCGCCAAACCAUCGGCUCCGGAACAUGUUUCGAAGACGAGCGCGACCAAUGUGCAAUCGGGAUACAAUCCAACGAAUAACCAGCCGCCACCGUACAGCCCAUCGGGCGGAUACCCGCGGCAGUCCGCUAGCAAUCCUUACGCCAGUCCAGGUUACAAUCAGGGAUAUCCGUCUUCUAACCAGAAUCCUUCGUAUCCUGGGUAUGGCGGUCACUCGCCUUACGGUCAAGCCUACAACCCGUCUAUGCACCAUAACGCGCCGCCGGCGUACAGUCCUUACGGCGGCGGUUUCGGUCAACCGUCCUACGGUCAUCAGCCGUCCUACGGUCAACCGGCCUACUCUCAGCCGUCCUACGCUCAGCCGUCCUAUGUUCAACCGGCUAUCGCUCAGGCACCGGCGCUCACUGUGCUGCAACCGAGCCGACCUGGUAUCGGUCAGCUGGCCAAGGAAGCGUUAGUUUACUCUAGCGUGAGCGCGGGCGUGAGCGCGGCCGUGAACAGAUUAUUGCCGGGCGGUAUUUACGGUACAAGAAGCAGCGGUAGUGGCGGUGGCGGCGGUAACACCGAAAUUACAUACAACAAUUACUACUACAAUCAGUCCAAUCCCAACGGAGAAGCUGCGCCCGCAGCUGCACCCGCGAGUAAUCCUGGCGCAGCUGCUGCUCCCGCAGCAGCACCAGCAGCAGCACCAGCAGCAGCUCCGGCGGCUCCGGCACCGCCGCCAGCCGAAGGAGAGAAGAAAGCUGAGGCUAGUUCACCCAGCAAUGCCAAUCCUCAGCAACAGACUCCAAGCCAGCCGAAUUAUCCGAUUUCGAACGACGAGGUGAAGAAACUGACCGACAGUCUCUUCGAAGUAGACAAGAACAACGCGUACAAAUACAUCACCGUGAACCUGCAGGGUGAGACGAAGGAAGACAGCACCUCGGACGACGCUUCUUCGCCUUUACUCGAUGUCAAAUCCGAAGCGUACGAAAUUCCGACGAUUAAGAGCGUGCUGGCGCUGCACGACAAUUACGAGAUAGACGUCAAGACGAAGGAGAUCGUCACGCCCGAGGAACGCAAGGAGGAAGCCGAGCUGCUCGACAAGUUCAUGGAAACCGACGUGUUCAAGACAACGAUGAAGUUCCUGGCCGACAAGGGAUACGUUCCGAACGACGAGUACGAAUUCAAAGACACGCUAAAACGCAUGUGGUUCUCGCAGUUCCAGCGAGUCGAGGGAGAGCCGUCCAGUUCCGGCUUCGAGGCGGUGUUCUUGGCGGAGAAACUUGAUUCCUACAUGAUCGGUCCUCAAAAUUGGAUUUACUACGCCAAGCAGGAAGCGCAAAAGAACCUUGAUUACCGUGGCUACAUCAAGGACAUAAAACUUGGUGAUAAAGGCGAGGCUAUCAAGAUACGUUCGGCGUUUAAUAUACCCGACACAAAGCAUUCAGUUACGACUCUUCUCGUGGGUCUCUCACCCGAACUGGAGAUGGCUCUUUACACCGUGUGCUUCUACGUUCGUCCGAACGACGUUUGUCCGAUCUCGUUAGGCGGAAAGGACAUUAAUUUAGUCUCUACCAGAUUUAACUACUUCGGCAAAGAUAUUCUGAUCGCCGGUUUUAUCGCGGGUUAAAAUUUUAGAUUGGUUUCGAAAUUUUCAAAUAUUUCAAAUAUUCUAUAUGUAAAAAAUAAACAAACAUUUAAGAAGAUACUCAGCGGGUUCAUCCUGAACCUUCGCGUGUCAAGAUAACUCAUAGAGAAUAAAACAUAUAUUUAUGUAGAUAUAAUAUAAUCCAUCGUUUUAAUAUUAAUCUGUCCUCACAGCUUGACGUAAAACAAUGUGUUUCUAUGUCUGUCUUCUGUGUAAGUCGAACAUAAAUGUACAAAUGUGCAACCGUUGAGUGACUGCGCGCAAAAUCUCCGAUCACUUAUUAUUAAAUUUGUAAUAAAAAAAAAACAACGGAAAAAAG